AUGGCCUCAAAAAUUGCAGAUGAACUCCGCUGCCCAAUGUGUCUGAACAUCUAUAAAGAUCCUGUCAUGCUGAAGUGUACCCACAGCAUCUGCCGUCUAUGUUUGAGGAUGUGGUGGGAACAAAACCCAAAUAAUACGUGUCCUGUCUGCAGGAACAAGUGCCAUGUAAAAGAUGUGUCUUUAAACUUGAUCCUGAGGAAUGUGUGUGACAUCUACACAAAACACUUGCCAAAGCCCGGGACUAUCUGCAGUCUACACGAAGAGGAAUUAAAACUAUUCUGUCUGGACCACCAGGAGUGUAUAUGCCUCAUCUGCAAAGAGGCACACGUCCACGUCGGCCACAAGUUCUGCCCCACCAAUGACGUUGCGCAAGAUCACAAAAAGAAACUCGAAAAAUUCCUGGAAACCGUCAAGGAAAAACAGCAAGAUUUAAUCAAAGCCAAAAACAACUGCAGUGAACAAGCAGCGUACAUUAAGGUCCAGACUAAGCAGGUUGAGAAGAAAAUUAAAAUGACCUUCAGGGAGCUUCGCGAAUUCCUCCACAUGGAGGAGGGAGCCAAAUUGGUUGAUCUAAUGGAGGAAGAACGAAGAAAGAGUCAGAUGAUGAAAGAGAAAAUUGAAACCCUCAGGAAAGACAUAGAUGCUCUCUCAGACAUAAUCCGAGCCACAGAACAGCAGCUGACCUUGGACCACAUUCUCUUCAUGAACAACUACAAGACUGCAAUGAGCAAAAUCCAACAACUGCCUGACCAACCCAAACCAUCUCCAGGAGCUCUGCUGGAUGAAGCCGAACAUCUGGGCAACCUCAAGUUCACCGUGUGGAAAAAAAUGAAGAAGAUAGUAUCCUAUAGUCCCGUGAUCCUGGAUCCAAACACGGCCACCUCAAAUUUAAGUCUGUCUGAAGAUUUGACCAUUGUGAGUUGUAAUGGCUGCCAGCAGCGUCCAGUGAAUCCAGAGCGUUGUAAAUACAUGAGCCGGGUCCUCGGUUGUACUUUGAAUUCGGGAACACACGUUUGGGAUGUUGACGUGGGAGACUCCACAGAUUGGGUAGUAGGUGUGGUAGGGGGGGACUCCUGUUUACCACAUAGCAACUUUUUAUGGGGCAUUAUAUUUUGUGACAACAAAUAUCAAAUCUUCUCACUAUCAUCAAGAAUGAAGGAUCUGUCGGUCAAAGUGAAAGUGCAGAGGAUCCGAGUUCAUGUCGAUACCAACGCAGGAUCAAUUUCAUUCUUGGAUUCUCUUACAAAAGAUGAAUUAUACACUUGCAAGAACAUCCCUAAUUGGCCAAACUUGUAUGGGAAGUGGAUGAUCUAUCCUUACAUGAACACAAAUGACAAAGUUCCCCUGAAAAUAAUACCACUUAACGUUCGUGUUACGACUCAAAUUCAAUCAUUUUAG